AUGGAACCAGUAGGAAUCCAUUCCAACGACAUGGAAGCGAUCAACUUUCAGCUUCCGCAAGUUCAAAACCGGGGAAGUCAUCACUAUAACCUUAGUUCUCUCGGGACGGAAGUUGACGAAGGCCACUUCUCCUCCAAGCCACAAACGCGUCGUCAACGAAAGAAGCUUCAAAAACCACGCCUCCUUCCCAAUCCAGAGGAGGAUCCCGUCGACCUUGAAGAAGAUCCCUCCAACCCCUUUUCGGGGCUUCUUGGAGAUACUCAGAGAGCCAAAUUCGACAAACCUCGCCCUCUACCCCGUCGUGGUUUGUCUCUCAUCGAAUACCCACAGGAAGGACCAGAAGAAGAACCCUGGGACGAAGAGAUGAUUGAUCAACGUAAUCCUCAGCGCAGUGCCUCAGUUGCCGAAUACAGUCGCCGAAAUAAUCCAGACGAGAUGGAUCCUCCAAACUUCCUCCAUCGCCGAAGCAAAUCGAUCCGCGUUCCCAGUUCUUCGAAGAGAGACUUUCAGCCCAAGCGAAACAAGAGCAUUCACUCGAAGUUUUCUGAUGUGAAGUGUCAGGAAAACGAAAUUUGGGUUCAAACAUUCAUAGUGAAUGAGAACGGCAAGAUCGAGUAUUACUUCAAGGGUCUGAGAGGAGAAGAAUAUCGUCUGGAACCUCCCACUGGAGCUCUGAAUAUCGUCUACUUAGAGGAUGUCGUGGGUGGAGAAAAUGACGACCCUGAAGUCGUUGACAGUAUCAAGAGGGAAAUGGCAAUGCCAUCCAUUGUGAAGAAAGGAAAGAAAAAGUCGAGAUGGGCUCCAUUCAUUAAAAAGUGCAAGUCGAUUCGGAAGUUGGCAAGCAACUGA